UCCAUCCACACGGCACACAGAGAGAAACAGACCGGGUGAAUGAGGGAGAGUGGAGGUGAGGCGGCUCAAACAGGCCCCGCUCAAACAACUGCUCUUGUGUGUUCAGCUCGUGGCUGUUGCGAGACGCCCGCGCCACGAUCGCCGCCGCGCACACCGUUGGCUUCUUCCUCUCGCAGUUCGGCCGCGUCGCGUCCACUCGUGCUGAACCGGAGAUCGACGAGUGUCCGAUCGAGCAGCCCGGUCGAUUGUUGCUCGUCGUUGAACGUCGUCGUCGAUCAGUGAACGUCAAUCUCGUUUGAACAACGGAGAACGGUGACUGUUGUCGUGCAACGGGAGAUCGUUGUGCCCGCGAGGGAUAAUUGUCAGUGAACCAAGAAUCGUUUUGUGCGUCCUCGUUCUACCGAUCGGGAACGUGUUUGCGUACGUACUGAUUCAGUGAAGUUUCAGUGUGAGAUCAGGAGCAUAAGGACCCGACUGCUCCUCAGACAGAUCAGUGAUCUCGGUUCGAACCGCGUUUCGGCGUUCCGAACUCGCGCGACGGACUUCCACGAAGGUUUCCCAGUGACCGCGACAUCAUCAGUGAUACAGGAGGUAUCGGUGAUUUCUCGACCGGCGACAGUGGGGCGAGAAGAUUAAGGGAUCGUCGCACUAUCAGCAGCCGUGGUACCGUGGUUUUCAUGAUUCCCGUUUGACGAGCAGACAACAGUCUGCCAUACCGGCCCCGGUGACCUCUAUGACCAUGCUCCAGUCCCAGAAGCUGUACGGCGACGCUGGCGGUUUAGGCGGCGCGAUGACCAGCGUCGCGAUGUCCACGAUGGGCAGCAUGGCGCCGACGUACAGCUCGAUAAAUUCGAUGGACUGCGUGUCGAUGGGCAUGUCAAUGGGGGUCGGCGUCGGGCCGAGCUGCAGCCCGCAGGGCGCCGGCGGCUUCAACAUGAGCACCAUGAGCUCCGCGAUGGGAAUGGCUCCGAUGGGCGGCGGCACAAUGAGCAGAUACGGCAGCGCUCCGAUGGCUGGCGCGAACGCGUGCAUGAGUGCCGUCGGCUACGGCUCCUUGACGCCAGGCGCCAGCGCCGCGGUCACCAGAGACCCGCUGUCCCUGACGGAGCCUGACUCGCCGAACUCAAGCCUGCAGCGGGCCCGCACGGACAAGUCGUAUCGGCGCAACUACCCACAUUCGAAGCCGCCGUACUCGUAUAUCAGUCUGAUCACGAUGGCUAUCCAAAAUGCGCCCACGAAGAUGCUCACCUUGUCCGAAAUUUACCAGUUCAUCAUGGAUUUGUUCCCAUACUACAGGCAGAACCAGCAGCGCUGGCAGAACUCCAUCAGGCACUCGCUCAGCUUUAACGACUGCUUCGUAAAGGUGCCGAGGACACCGGACAAGCCGGGAAAAGGCUCGUUCUGGACGCUGCACCCGGAGAGCGGGAACAUGUUCGAGAACGGUUGCUACCUGCGCCGGCAAAAGAGGUUCAAGGACGAGAGCGACACCACGGACAUAGGAGGUCUCUUGGGCCCCGACUUAGGCGCCGCGCACGACGAGCUCACGGCCAUGGUCAGUCGGAGUCUUCAUCCUCAUCUCAUCCCCGACACGGCCACGCUGCACCAUGGAAUGACGGGCAGCUUGAAGCAAGAGCCACCGUACACCGCUGCUAGUCAUCCCUUCAGCAUCACCAGGUUACUACCAGGCGCCACAGCCGGCACGUCCCCGGGCGCUCAGGACACCAAGCCGCCCGAGAUGAAGAUGUACGAGCUACAUCAAAGUUACACGAACUUCGGCUCGUCGCAUCAUCCGCACGCGCACUCCGCUCCCCCGAGUCACCAUCAUCACAACGGAAUGCACACGGGCUCGAACACCGCUCCCAUGCACAACAUGACCAACCACCAUCACCAGGAGUAUUACCAGAGUCCGCUCUACCAUCACGCGACCAGUGUGGCCAGCAGUAGCGCGCCACCCCCGCCGACCGUCGCUUCCGCUGUGCCCGGCUUGUGACACCACGCUACACACCCCUACGCCCUGGCCUGAGUCGCUGCUGCCGCGGCCUACGCCGCCAACACUGCCACUCCGGCCACCGUCACUGCCGAUCUCGUUCUUCAUCAUCAUCACCAUCCGUCGGCGUCUUCCGUCUCGUCGUCGUCGUCCUCCUCCUCCUCAUCAUCCUCCUCGUCGUUGCCCUGCCCGGCGACCACCCAGCCGUCCGCCGUCCAGGACUCGCCCGCGUCUGUCCGACCGUCGCCUGCUGGGCAACGACGUCGACGCCGCUGCGACGAGAACCCGCCGCCGGACGACGCCUGCUGGCAUGCGAACGAGGAGGAGUACGACGACGAGGAGGAGGACGAAGAGGAGGAAGAGGACAUCGUGUGAACGAGGAGGACUUUGAUCGAGGUAUGAGGACAACCAGCGUCCGCGGGACUCUUGCGAACGUAGAGCGCUCUUUUACCCUUCGAUCGUCGCGAUCAUGCCACCUGGUCGUUCGAUUCGCCGGACCGGACGGGGGUUCAAACGGGGAUGUUCGCGCGAGGUUAGGCGUGAUACACACUGUCGGUCAGGUUCGAUCGGAUGUUCUUCGAUUGCUUACAAUGUACGUGUUCACGCUGUGAAUCCUGACCUGGGUUUGGUACGAUCUCGCUGUAUUUUCUUUCAUUGGAAACAAAAGACGGGGGAAGAAUUUUUCAUGGAUCGAUAGAGUGUAUCGGGUCUUAUAGUAGCGUAGGCUGAUCAGGGGUUGUUAAUGUUUAAGAUGUUUCUUUCAUUUCUUGAGGGCUGGCUCGGAGAGGUAAUUUUUGGCUGAGAUUUUGUGCAAUAAGGAUUUGAGUCCUUUCGGUAGGGUAUCUGGAAUUCGUCGAGCUCAUCUUUCGUUGCUAUCUUUGGUAGAGAUAUGUUCGAUUGUGUCCUGAAAUUGAGUAGAGUCUUUAUUCAAUUUUCUUUUCAUUCUGUUUUUAUGAAAUCGCCGUUAUAAAUUUCUGCUUAGACUGCGGUCUAAUGUCUUGGAUUUGCAGAAGCUCAUGCUAAUCGAAGCUUCGGCAAACAGAAACUUGAAAUAAUGGAGAUCGCGCGAAGAAAUUUUUCUUUCGGUUGCAUUGAAAUGGGAAUUUUAAUAACUUAACCAUCGGAUGGUAGAAUGAUUUGAGUCGGAUAAAAGGCGUAUAUAAAUUGUUCCUAUUCCACGAAUCGUAGCAGCUGACACACAGUAUCAGUGUGUCUUUAACCCCUGAUGAAACCAGCUACAAUGAUGGCGAGACGUUGGAAACAAAUUCCUACUGGACAUGGUUCAAAAAGCAUUAAAGCUACUGAUGAUAAUAGUUACUCGAUGACUCAGUUCCGCCGUCGAACGGCGAACCAAAUUUCCAUUUGCUUCUAGUUUCUGCGUAGUAGUUCACAGAAGUUUGUUCUCUAGUCUGAAUUUUCGAUUUGCGUAGAAAGAUCAGAGCGCAGCGAAUGAAAUUUUCGUCUGAGCGUGAAAGUAUAAACAUCAGCAGUCGGAUUACGCAGUACUUGCGGCGAUUUAUCGACGUCUGAGACGCAGCCGUGAGUCGGAGAGACACAUUUUAGCCGCGUUCGCGUAACAUUAAAAAUUAUCGGGAAUAAUGAAGUCAAACCGAUUAGCUCCGUCUUUUAGAAUUCUCGAAACAUUUCCGUUGAAACGCUCGUCUCGGGUUUUUUUUCAGUUUGAACGUAUAAUAUUAAUUUUCGAUUUUCGUUCCACUAAGACGAUCGCAUCGACGAAUAAACGAACGGUUCACUUUUCGGUCUUGAAAUUUGGAGUAGCCUGAAUCUCGAGUGUCUGACGACGACAGACACUUUUCACUUUGCUUUCUAUUGAAAGAAUCGGACACAAGGAAGCGUUUAAUGCUCUCCUCUCGCUUGACGUCUUGAAAUUUAAGGAAUACCGAGUAACGCAUCGCUUUUAACGAGCAGUUAACCAGAGCGACAAGCCUGAAAAACUACCGGUCAACACAUUUCCGGAGAAUUUGUUAAAACCUUAACCCUGGAAAGACGAAGAAUAAUUCAAAAAUCAUAUUACCGCGUGAUGGUUCAAGAAAAUUAUUUAUUUUCGCUUGCGUCUUCCGGAAGAAGCGUUUGGAAAUGAACCGUCAGGUAGUGGAUGAAUUACUGAGUCUCGAGGUUCAAUCUUUCCAAGGUUAAUUCUGAACAUUUAGAGGUCUGUCGCGCGGAAAGUGUCUUUCUCGACUGCGAAUAUUUGAUAACAGUCUUCGAUACUCGUUGAACGCGAAGCUUGUCGGAAUUUAGUACCAUUUGAAAUUUGUACGAUUUUUAAUUUAAUUUGCACAAUUUUUAACUUAGUUUGUACAAUUUUUAGUUUAAUUUGUACAAUUUUUAAUUUAGCUUGUAAAUUUCUUAAUUUAAUUCGCACAAUUUUUAAUUUAAUUUUUAUACUUGUUAAUUUUACAACCAGAAUGAACGUACCAUUCUUGGUCUUUGAUAAACCAUUAAAAAACGAUAAUUAUAGAAAAAAGGGUGAAUAAAACAUUCUCUAAAUUUCUCUACAAAUAAAAACAAUUAAUAAUUCACAUGUACGAUCCACGGUCCAGCGAGGAUCAACGCGAAUCGGAAGUUGCGACGUGAUUUACAGAUCUUUCCAAGCAUAUCGCUCGACGAGAAUGACAGAAAGAAACCGUGGAAAGGAAGAACUAAAAGAAACGAAGAAAAACGGGAUAGAGGAACGGGUAAUCGGGACGCCAAUCAAGCGUCGUCUUUGAGUGUCUGACUCACGGUCGCGCGCAGAUAUGCGAGCGCAAUCUAGGGGGAGAGAACGAUGAGAAGUCGGCCUGGAGACGCGCGAUUAGACCAACGACGCGUCGCGUUCCUUUGGGAUCUUCCAGUUAGAUUUAGGCGAAAUGUGAUCUGAUUAUUACACUGCUGGAUCUUUCUUUCAAAAGCAACAAAUAACUCGAAGAAGUUAAAAUUAACUAGAUACAAACUUCUUCUCUUAAGAAUUUGAGUAAGUUAAUCCUUCGAGGACUAUAAUUUCAAUUACAUCCUAAUCUCUAGUUAUUUAAAAAAUUCAAUUUCUUGAAGAUAUUCGUCCUCGAAAGGUUAAAAAUAAAAGAACGUUCUUAUAUCCUCACGAAUUUCAAUAUUAUCUCUCUAUUUUAUAUUCUAUGCGAUGGUAAUUACAAAUUGCUUUUCGGUGUUUUGAACUGUGAUCUGUAAAUCGAGGUGAUCCCAUUAUGUUUUAAUUGACAAUUAUCAUUAACCCUUUGAACAUAAUGUUUCUCGUUGUAGGUGAUAGCUAAAUGUUCAUUAUUUUCUGAUGAAAUCGAUCAUAUUUUUUGCAACUAACAGUCAAAAAACAAUGCUGCAUAAAUUGAGGUAUAGGAUUAUUUCAUUUGAAUGUUUCAUGUGUUAAUAUAUUAUACAGAAUUUAAUAUAGAAUUUUAUAAUCUCUGUGUUGAAACAAAUGGUGAUUGAGGGUAGAGGGUUAACAUCUGGUAGGUUACAGUCAAAUCGAGGUUCACAUUUCACUCGUCGAUCUUGACGUUCAGAUCACAUUUUGCUCAAAUGUGCUCGCGUCGCGUCGCGACGGUUUUUAGCCCCCGCAAACCACCGACGCGCGUCGGUUUUCUGUGAUACGCGACAACGAUUGCACGAGGCGAUUCUGAGUAGCCCCGCGGACUCACCCCUUGCUCCACGACCCUUCGGAGUCCGUCCCCGUUUCGAGUUUUCGUUCCGUCGCGCGGACGAAGAACCCUCGCGAUUUCUAGAUAGAGCUGUCAUUCGCGAAUAGACUGUGGAUUUUUAUGCGUGUAUCAGAAAUUUGAGAGUGUAACGUUUCAUAGAAUGCAGAAAACACUAAAAGAUACAUCAAAUGUUCGAAGUGCAGUAAUUUUUAUUAUUUUAGGUAGCAACGUAACUAAAUUUGGUUGUAGAUAUGAACAUGUUUCGAUUCAUAAAAUUUAGUUAAGGGCCCUUGAAAACGUGCAUAGUAUUUUAAACAUAUGAAAAUGCAACGUUGCACAGUAUGCACAAGGCUCCAGAAGGUACAUAAAAUCUUACAAGUGUAGUACUUUCUAUAACGUUAGAUAGCAACGUAAAUAAAUUCAGUCGCAAGUAUGAACGUGUUCCAAUGUUUACAGUUUAAUUACGAGCUUUUAAAAAUGCAUGCAAAGCAGCAUUUAUGUGACAACCCAAUAUUUGCCACGACAAAACAUUCUCUAUCGCAAUCCUCUUUUCUUCAUUGUAUGCUUGAAAAGUUGAAUUUGCAUGAAGAUCUGUAGUCUACUCGCGAGGUACCCGAAUACUCGAAUGUCUCACACAUUCGGUAAAAGGUACCAGCCCAGUUUACAAUCCCCGACGGGGUUGCUGACCAUGGAAUCGAGGGCGGGAAGCUUGCACGGGCUUUUGAGACGCGAACGGAGCCAGGUUCCUCCUCUUUGACCUCUGUAGAACGCGAGACGAUCGAUUUGUUAAUGUUGCUCCAGAUUGACGGACAAUCGAGGAUGUUUCUUCGUAAAUGUUAAAUAGAGUACAUUAAGUCGGAUGUUUUGGUUUGAAUUUCUCCAAUGUAUUGCAUUCGAUAUGAUAUUCAAAUUGACAGUUGUGUGGCUGUUGAAACUGAAAUUUUAAUGGAACAUUCUUAGACAUAUGACAGUUAGUUAAUGUAGACGAUUUACUGAGAAACCAUCCAUAGACUUAUAAAUCAGAAACGUCUACAAAGUCUCUCAACCUCGACCAGCCUUUAGGGGAGAAUUUUCGAAUCGUGUCGAUGGUUGGACGUUUCGGACGCCGAUCGAGUUUGAAUAGGACCAAACCGGUUCUCUGGAUGUUGAUUAAGGUUUAUUCGGAAUAUCUUAAGUAUUGACUGUUAACUGUUAACGGUGGAGAGGCCAGGAGCCAUUCGACGAGAGUAGACAGGAAUAGGGUUAAAGAUUUCAGGGAUUUUCUAGGGGAACCGAGAAAUUCACUGUUUAGAAUUUAGGAGUUUAAAGUGUUAAACGUUCUAGAGAGAAACAUUGUUUUUUGUUUUAUUCUGUUUGUUAAUUAAUUCGAGUUUCUCGGUGCAACUUUCAAGGUGAUACGCGAAAUAAUCUACCUCUUCAAAAGCAAUAUUCGGAUCGACCCACGUAAACAGUGAAACUAAACUUAAAUCAAUGAAACAAUCAGUCGUUCCUUCACGCGUGAUAACCUCAAUUAUCUCAAACAUUCGCUUCCGAAACCAGUGUCCAAACUUUCAUGUACAAAGAGACAGAUUAGGAUCAGUGCAAACAUUUUGCGUUUUCCGAUAAACAGUCUCGUGUAAUCGACGUUUCCUUUCGAAUCGAAAUCUCACUGUUUUUCUCAAUACGAUUUAAAUUGAUUAACUCCUUGCCCUUAUAACAUGUCAGACUCAUGAGGAUUUGAAACGAAAUUUAACAAAUGUAAGUAUUACUCAACCCUUGUGAAUUCAAAUGAAACAUUGCUCUUUCUGUUAUCAACGAUUAUACUCUAUAGCAAACACAGACGGUAGGAUAUAUCCAGAAUUUUCCUCUGUUUUUACUAAAUUAUUAGUGGCAAAGUAAUCGGACACAAUUGAGGAAUAAGUAAUAGGACAAGGGGCUGUCCGUACUUUAUCGCUAAACAAUCGGUUCGAUGACUCACCGUCGGAUCGAUGAAUACUCGGUUGUUACGCGGAGAUUUCAAAGAACGCGAUCGGCGCGGCGCCGAUCUCGCGCGACUCAACGUUUUCUUAUCCUCCCGUGGUUGUCGCAACGGUGUUCUGACUCACUCAGGUCGUGCCGGCGCGAGGAAAAGCGGAAAAAGUGCGCGGCGUGCACACAAUCGGCCGACGAGUGUGUUUAUCGACGGCGUUAGAUCGAUACUAGAAGCCGAUAGGAAAGGUCUGUUUUAGGAUUAUCUGUUCCUGACGCAUUCCUCCUCUUCUCCGUCUGUCGUUCUGUCGUCGGUCGUUGAUCUCUUCGAUCGACGCGCGUCUCCAUUCUCUCCCGGCGACUCGUUAUCGCCGGCAGCGCGCAAUUGUUCGCGCUGCUCGCAUCGAAAGGUUCGCCAAUUAGGCUUUAUCUUCGAUCGGGAUCCCCGCCGAUAAGCGGAAAUCAGAGUUUCCCUCGGAGACGCAGCUUUAUUUCCGAUCGACGACGUUUCGUACUCUUCGCAAAGCGACGUUGUUGCACUUAUAAUUGACAUUUCAACCGUCUUUGACGGAGACGCUCUCGAAUGAGGAAAAUGUUGACCCUUCACUCAGUCUGUUUUGCAAUUGUGCACGUUUUCACUGUUUUAUGAUUUAAUGAUCUGAUAAUGUAAUGGUUUAAUGAUUCGAUAAUGUAAUAAUUUAAUGCAUUGAUAAUGCAACGACUUAACGAUUUAAUGAUUUAUUAGAACUGAAACAGAGUUCUAUCUUUUUGCGUGCACACUUCGAAUAUGAAGAAUUUAUAACAGAAAAGUAACGUUCAACUUGAACUCAAGGGAAUAGUGACAUUCAUUGCUAAUUUCUGUCUGAAGUCUUUGUCACAAGUUCGACGCGACAUCGUAAGGCAAGGGGUUAAUCGCUGUAGAAUUCGUAACUUCGUUUCUGAACGACUUCGAGUCAUUGAUGAACAAUGUACGCUUCGCCCGAUGAAUAUCUAUUGAUUCCCGAGGAAGUGAUUCUUUUGUAACAAGAUUUUGGGAUUUCUAAUAGGAAGAUUGCUCUGGUACACUGUUUGUCAUGUGAUAAUAGUUAGUUUCUGCUGUUGAUAUGAUAUGGUCAUUUCGAACUACUCUGAACUGUGUCCAGUUGGUCCCGGGGAAUGAUGAAUUCUACAAAUAUAUGUUUAAUCGGGCGCCGUAGUCAUUGUUAAUGGUCAGCAGCUCGUGUGGCAGCUUUUAACUGGUUCACAGUCACGCGGAAAUCGUUGUCCCCGCUUGGGUUUCUCUUUGUCGUCAGCGACUCGCUUGGCUUCUGGCUACUUUUAACCGGCAAUGUUGACGGUCCUUCCAUAUUGUGCUCUAUUGCUGUGCACACACGCCGGUUGCAACACCGAGGAACGUGAAGUAAUGAAGAUGCAUUCAACGUUAGAAGCCGCAAUUAAAUAUUCGUUGAGUAACCCGGCUGGUAGAGAUUCUUUUGCCAUCAUAGUUAUAAUUUCCCAUUCGCGGGUUGACGGCUAAGUUCAUUUUCUUUUGGACAGCUUGCCCAAUCUUCUGUCUGAUCGCCUGUAAAUAAAUGGAUUCGCAGCAUUGAUUGGAUUUUCCGUUUAACAUACCUUAUGUUAUGAUUCCGUUUCUUUGGUUCCUUUAUCAAAACAGUAUUCUCCUAACACGAUAAUCUUGGAAAAGAACUUCUUGCCGAUUCACUCACGAAUGUUGGACAAAACUAUUCUAUUUUCUUCGUGUUUCCUUGGCGAUGCAAUUUUCGUGUAUCAUAAAGUUAAGAGACGGAACUAUAUAAAUAAGGAUCAAAUUUGUUCCUCGCUGUUGCGUAUAAUUAACGAAAAUCGAUUUGAAAUUUGCCUUCCUCGUUCUUGCGCAGCGAUAAAUAUGCGCUUCUCGAAGUUUUCUCGAUCAAGUUAAUGUAUACACGUCGAAACAAGGGGUAUUGGAAGAAAGUGCAUCGUUCUUGUUUAAUUAUUGGACCGAAGGUAACGUUUACACUACGAUACAGGAACAGAUAUCGCGAACAGACACAUCUAGAACUCGAACGAAACGAACGACCCACGGUUUCGUGAAUUCUAACCGAAAUGACUGAAACAUCUGUUUUCAAACAUCCCGUACAGAUGCAAAAUGCUUCUCCCAUUCGAUAUUUCGUUCUCCAACCGGGUGCUACGCGCGAACACCUUCGAACACCGAAACGACUCGAUUCCUUGAAGCGAUUUAGAUCGUUCGAGGGGUAAGAGGGAGGAUAAGAGAGAGGAGCGUUCGCACGGAGGAAGCCCGCCGAUAGAUCGAAGUCGAUGGAAAGGGCAGUCGAUGGCCGACCCCGGAACGCGAAAGCGUCGGCGUAGAGCGAAAAUUGUGAUAAUCCGUGAGAAUAAGUCUAAAUUAAUGAACGUAGGCUUGCAAUGACGCCUGUAUAACCCGCGUAGAGGUGCGCAUUCGUAUCGGAGUCGGGCGAAACGCGAUCGAAUUAUCAGACUGCUCGAUUUUCCCGUGAAACCGGCGUCCCUCGAAGUGGCUUGAACCUUGCGUUAGCAACCGGGUAGCCAUUUUUCUGUUUUCUUCCACGCGAUUUGUUACAUUCUUACGAAAAUUCGACAAAAUCGCAUCGAUCCUCAAUUUACUUGACGCUCUCGCGGCGAUUUGUGCCCCGAAGAUGACCAAUUCGCGCACGAACAUUGCAAUAUUCGAGUUUGAAGAAACAUGAACGCGUCAGUUGCUAACGCGAGGGUUGAAGAAACAAGAAGAUUCUUCCGUCGAGAAUUGGAAUAAGUUAAAAGUAAGGUAACACGACUCUUAAACUCCUGUAAAGUGUUACUUUAUUUUUCUAUUUCGAAUUCUACGCGCUCGAGGACGUAACGCCCGCAGUCUGCUAAUUAUAUUGGAACGAUUGAAACGUAACGAACUGACAAGUAACUUGAUUCGGCGAUAAACGAUCUCCCGCAAUCUCCGAUUGUCGCCGGUCUAAAUUUGAAACCGACGCGAUCACGGUGAUUCACGAUGAAUAAUUACAGACAACAGUUCGCCAAAGAAAAGUUGCAUUUCAAUCGUGAAUCUUGGUACACGUUCCGUGCAACUCCGUAUUCGUACAUUGUACUCGAAACAGACAGACACGCUUGAACACACGUGAACGAACACGACACACAUACUUACAUGAGACAUACGAGAAUAAGGAAAUCGUAAACGAAAGGAAUCCUGUUGAAAGAGAAAAAGCGUCACGCAGGACACGUCCAGUGUUUUUUGUAUGAUACGUGUAGAUAGCCGCACAACGUAAACGCGUAUGAUUGUACAAUAUUAUAUAUGUUACAGAGAGUAUAUAUAUAUAUAAAAUUAUAAAUAUAAAUAUAUAAAUAAAUGGAGUCUUUAAACGAUACAUUAUGUUAGGUAUAUAUGUAUGAUAUAUAUACAUAUAUAUUAUAUAAAUAAUAGAGAAAAUGUGAGCGACUGACAAAAGGGGGGGAAGAGUGAGAGCGAGCGAGAGGAAAAACAUUGUACGUGUAUUUCAAAAAUGUCUCAAACGGCAGCUGGAUCGUCCGGGAUAAAUCCGCCCCGAUUAUUCGAGGGUUGCUUUCGAAACACGCCCCUAUAAGAGAGACGUCCUGUAAAUAGA